CCAACGAAGAAGACGUUAUCGUCGCUUGAAAAUUUUCCCCCUUUCAAUAAAGCAACCAAUAAUAAGUGUUAGUUAUCGUUUAAAAAUAAAUUAAAACUGAUAAAUGGAAGUUGAAAGCAAAAUUUAAACAAAAAUGAAAAAUUUUUGAUGAAAAACAUUGAGAUUAAUGCGGAAUAAAGGAAAAUUACAUUAAAAGAGGUCGUUGUUGGUUGAUGCGAGCAUAUAAAAUACAAAAUAUAUAGUUUUUAAAGUGAAGAGGAAGCAGAAACGUCGGGGGAUAGAAAAUAAGAGAUUAAAAAAAAAACGAUUUGCGCUCUCUGUCGCACUUACGCCUUUCACAUUAGAAUGUGUGAGGGUGAUAGCUGUCAUUUCCUUAAUGCAGCCACCAAAGUAAAAACAACAACAAUCACAAAAAUACCAUUUAAAAGGGAAGAGUGCAAAUGUCAAGCAAAUUUCUACAUACAAACAAGCAGCGAAAUAGCUAAAAGAAACUUGAAAAAUACCAACAAAAAAGGCUACAGCAACAACAAAUUGUCAUAUUGUAAAUAUAAACAAAAUGCAGACAGAACAAAAAAUCCUGCCAGAACACCAACAGCAGCAUCAUCAUCCACAUCAACCUCACCUUCAUCAGGGUUACGUCCACAUGCCAGCCACAAUGCCUGCCUCGUCAUCAUCAGUAACACCGCCUUUGACAUCCUUGAACGAAGGACUUUAUACUCCCAUUGUGACGUCACAAAAUUGUUCAUCCCAGUAUUAUAGCAGUUCCGAGGUAUCUCUUAACUGUAAUUCAACUGCAAGUUCCAGCCCAUCAGCAUCUAGUAAUAGCAGUUCACCUUGCCUAUCACCAAAGUCCUCAUAUUCCAAUCUGUCCGAUAAAAGGCAGACACCUUCGAUUGGUGUGAACUUGCGUGUGACAGGACAAUGCAGCCAAGGAGGGCGUAAAUAUAUGGAGGACUACUUUUCCGUUGCCUAUCAACAAUCGGAAAAUGCCAAAGAUUUAGAAUAUGCUUUCAUUGGCAUCUAUGAUGGGCAUGGUGGUGCCGAGGCAGCUACAUUCGCCAAGGAGCAUCUUAUGAUGGAGAUUAUAAAUCAGAGAUUAUUUUGGUCCGAUUCAGACCAUGACAUUCUAAGAGCCAUACGAGAGGGAUACAUAGCAACACAUUAUGCAAUGUGGAGAGAACAAGAUAAAUGGCCUAAAACCGCAAAUGGUUUACCUAGUACCGCAGGUACUACCGCUACUGUUGCCUUUAUAAGGCGUGAAAAAAUCUAUAUAGGACAUGUGGGAGAUUCCGGUAUUGUGUUGGGCUAUCAAAAUGAAAAUGAAAACUUUUGGAGAGCCAAACAAUUGACGGUGGACCACAAACCAGAAUCGGUAGAGGAAAGAACACGCAUAAUGAAAUCCGGUGGCAAAGUGGUUGUAAAAUCCGGUGUACCACGUGUGGUAUGGAAUCGGCCGAGAAAUGCCAGCCACAAAGGACCCAUUAAACAUAAGACACCCGUUGACGAGAUUCCCUUUUUAGCUGUUGCCAGAAGUUUGGGUGAUCUCUGGAGUUACAACUCUGAACGCAAUGAAUUUGUGGUUAGCCCAGAUCCGGAUGUUAAAGUUAUACCCAUAAAUUCCAAAACAUUCCGUUGUUUAAUAUUUGGUACUGAUGGCCUUUGGAAUGUUGUAAGUGCCCAGGAAGCCGUUAAUACCGUAAGAGAAAAGGAAAUUAUAAAUGAACGUUUACAAGCUCAACGUGGUGAUUGCCCCCAUGAGGGCAACCAAUGGACAAAUCCUAGCAAAUCAUUAGUUGAUCAAGCCUUGGCAAUGUGGUCAUCGAAGAAGAUGAGAGCCGACAAUACCUCUGUCGUUACUGUGAUAUUGUACCCACCCGGUCAAGGUGGCCACAACAAUGCAAAUCAAACUCACAAAGAUGUGACAGCGCCACCUGCUUUUGUACAACCCGCCAGUUAUGGGCUAGAAUACACACAAGUGCAGGCCGAAAUCCCCACGCACGACGAUGUUACAACGUACAAAGAAAUGGCCAUGAAAUAUUUGCCUCCAGAAGCCUAUAGGAAUUUCAACUACUACACCGAUGAUUCUGAUCAUGCUGAAGAAGGCGAUACGGACGAAAGUGAUGCGGAGGAUUCGACAACGCAAACCAAAGCCAUGGCUCAGACUUCGAUGGUCCACAACAAUUAUCGGCUACAAACGAAUGGUUGGGAUUGGCAGCACCAUACUAGUAUAGUAAACCAAACUAUUAGCUCCAACUCAAGCGAAGAGGAACAUGGUUAUGCCGAGGAUUGCGAAGAAGAUGAAGAUGACAUCGAAGAGGAAGAUGACGAAGAUGAGGAGGAAGACAAUGUUACAAAAGCUGGUGGAGAACCACAAGUAUGCGUCAUGAACUAUCAAAACUAUUUGCAAAUGGACACAGAAGAGGCGAAUAGUGCUACCGAUUCGUAUAUAAAUACCUUUGCCGAGUCCUACAAUACUUUGUUAGCAACAGGACAAAGUGAAUGCCUCACUGUGGAGGAUAAUACAUCAUCGAGAACUUCUGCUGCUAUAAUAACACCCACAAAUUCCAAUUCAAAUUCCAGCUCAAAUUCCUCCAACUGCCAAAGUGUUACGCCGCCAAAUAUGCAUGCUCUAAUCGAAGAACAACAGUUGUACCAACAGCAAUGCAUGUCCGAAGAGGAUGGCUACUCAUUGACCAAACUGGAGACGCGAAGAGAACAGGAGUCGUGCAAAUCUCAGGGCACCAACAGCAAUGGCAUAGAUACCUUCAAAUUUUUCCACCAUAACACGAAUGUUGUGCAGCAGCAAGACAGUCAGAGUAUGACGACGUUGUACAGUAGCCAUACGGAAAGGUAUUACCAACAGCAUACGACAUAUUUGCCACAACUGCAUCAGAAACCUUUGGAAUUGCAUUCGUUACUGCAGCAAGAACGCGAGGAGGAACAACAAGUGGCAUAUGAAAGACAACAGCAACAAAUGCAAAAUAAGAUGGGUGUACUGCAGCAGCAGCAGCAUCAGCCGAAUAUAACUGCUUAUGCUUGCUUACAGGCUAUACGACAAGAGCCAAUAACCGCCUAUGUGGCAAAUGAAAUGCCUACCACUUCAACACUGGAGACAGAAGUGGCGUUGAUGGCGCCUGAAGACCUCAUAGAGGAGGUUGAUGAAGAUGAGGAGGAGGAAGAAGCUGUCAUAACGCUGGAACCCUCAGUUCAGAUCAACGAAAUAUCUUCCUCCUCUUCAGGCGAUGAAAUUAUGCAGGAGCUGGAGAACGAAGACGAAGCUAUGCCAAGUAGUUCAUUCUGCGAUAAGCCUGAAGCAGUUAUAGAAAAAAUUGAAAUAUUACAAGAACCCUUAUAUGAGAUCUACAAGCCGCCAUUAGAUGGUACAGAACGCGAAAGUGACAAGUUAAUGCGAAAACCCAUGAUGAGCAGCAAAGGGAAUUUGUAUAGCACCCCUCUUGCAAGAUCUAGCCAAAGACCCAUUCGCCCAUAUGUACAAAAUGAGAACUUAGAAAGAAUCUCUAGCGGCAAGGGAAAACAUGCCAUUUUCCAUCAAAGCCAUGGGGCACGCAGAAGUUUAUCUAUGACACCCACAAGUAGCAAUAAACUAAACUCUACACUUAUGUUGACACCACCGGCUGCCUCUUCCACACCCAUGAUCCAAAGACAAUUGCGUAGUAACAGCAGUAAUAACUCCAUAGUGGAUUAUGGUAAGCGUACGCUGAGAACAAGGAAUUCCUUAACCAAGGAUAUGAAAGCCAAAUCAGCUUUGGUACAGGCCACUAUGAAAUAUCAUACCACACACAAUACACGCAAAUUCCUGCAAAGAAAUGGAGCCGCCGCGGCAGCAGCAUUAUUGGCAGGAAACCCAGUGUUGCUACAAGAACAACAUAUGACUCCAACAAAUCGUAGAUCUCUCAAUGCAAACUCAAAUGGACGCAGUAUUAAAAGCCGCAAUAACAGUACUAACAUAACACCACACCAUCUCAAUUUAAGAUCUCGCCAGAGUUCUGUGUCGUCGUCUUCGUCGUCAGCCACACCAAAUAUUCUGCACCUCAAUAACGCUAGGGAUAGCUUAGUGGGCAGUCCGCCCACGCCGUUGCCGCUAACUGCAGCCUCUACACCUGUGAUAAAACGUGCCUCUCUGUCCGAUCGCCGCAAUUUGCGAACCAUGCACACACGCAGCUCUCCUCGCAUAUGUGCGCCAGCCCCGGCCCCCAGUUUUAGCAAGACCACACGUUCGCAGAGUACAGGCACAAAUCUGGCAGCUCCUCCACCCUCACCCAAGAUGAUAAAUGCGGCGGCCGCGGUGGCAGCAGCAGCCACUAGGGCCAGAUCUUUGAUAUCACAACAACGUGCUGCUCAGGCCAAUGGCACGACGUCGUCGGUGGUGUCUGCAGUAUUUGGAAAAAGAGUCAAUCUGAGAAGCAGUGGCGGAGUGACAAUUACAAGUGAAACGCCCAAUGGACCUCCCCAUCAUCAGACACUAAGAGGCCGCAUAGUGAAAAAAUUUAAACGAUAGACCAAAACCAGAGGUUUAUUCAUGAGGGCAGGUGUCGUACUAAGGUUUAUACUUGAGGUUUCGAACUGAAAAAGCUUUACAAUGUUGCACUGAGAUGAUUUUGCCAAUUAAUGUGGAGAUUAUAUUUUGGGCUGGUUAUAUACAAAACCACCAAAGAGAAAAGUUUAAGCUUUGUAACAAAAGGAGGCAUGAAGGGCACAACUCAAUGUUGGGCUUUUCGCUAACCAAACUUCUUUUGUGUAUUUAGCUUUGCUUUAUUGCAAAUUGUUUUUCCUUUAGGUCAUAUUACUUUACAAAAUGUUUAGAUUUUUACAUUGAUAUAAUUUUGGUUACCAUGACCUGAGGCCUUACAGUUUUGUUAAGCAUUUAAAAAGUGCUCCUUAUAUGCCAAAAAUUAAAACAAUUUUGAAAUGGUUUGAGGCUAACUUUUACCAUUACCAACCAUAUUGUCCCUUACCGACAAAAUGGUAUAAGUGACAAAAAUUGAACUUUGAAGGGGGAAGCUUUAAGGAAAUUCCCACUUCAAUUAAAAGUCCUUAAUGGUAAACAACUUGGAGAGAAGACGAUUUAAUAUAGUUUGUCUAUUGAUUUUAAUCAGAAACUGUGUAUCCACCAUUUUGUCACUUACACCUUUUACCGGUUAGUGCUUAUGGCUAUGCCCUAAAGCUUUAAACGAUUUUAUCGUUAGUUAUAAGUCCCUUAAGACAUGAACAAGGUGAGACUUUAAUUAGUUAAACUGUGUUUUAAUGACUGUGUGAUAAAAUAUUUUAGAUCUUUAGCUAAAACACAAAGAAUGAAAAUCUCUGCAUUGACUGGCAAUACAUCAAAAUGUGCAAACGAACUCUCAUAUUAAUGAGAAUGGGUCAUAAUUAUGAAGAAGUUAGUGGUGAGAUGACGCUGAAUGUGUAGUACAAAAUAAUUAAAGAAAUUAAAAUUAUAAAACAAAUAAAACAUUGUGCAUACAAUUUAUAAUUAAUUAUAAUACAAAUUAUAUAUACAUAUAUAUAUACACACACACAUAAUAUAAACAUAAAAUAUAUAUUUAUUUUAUAUAUGAGAAAAAUAUUAUUUAUAACAUUAACUUACAUCUAAUAUUAAUCAAAAACAAAAUGUUUUACUUCUUUUAUUAUUAUUAUUAUGCUUAAAAAAAAUUAAUUUAAAGUUCUUUAAGGUAUUCUUCUUUGCAAUAUAACAAUUCUAGUAAUGAGUCCAUUUCAUUUUUAUAUACAAAAAAUUCACAAUACAAAAUAAAAGCCUAUUCCUCAAAAUGUAUUUUAACUUUACCCCAUUAUAUUGUAAUCAUGCUGUAAAUUAGUUCCAUCUCCAAAAACUUUUUGUGUGUAUAUUUUAUUUUCUCUCUAAGCAACCACCCCCAUUAUUUAAGAACUUUAGAAACUACAUUUUAUUACAAAACAAAACCACUAUUUUUUAAGAUUAUACUUUUAAAUUUUAAAAUACUAUUAAUUUUUUUUACUUCACUAUACAAUAGCAACCAUAAAUCAAAAAUAAAGAUGCUAUAGCUUUUAACAUGUUUUAUUAUUUAAGUUACACAUACACCAGCUCACUUUGAAUAUAAAACCUAUUAAAAUGGUUUGCCUUUUUUUUUACCCAGUCUGUAGAUAAUUUAUUUCCAUUGUUUUUUUUUUCUUUUUAUUAUAACAUCUAUGAAAGUUCCACUUGCUCUUUUUGUUCAUGUCUUUUAUAUUAUAAAACACAAUAAAAACAAAAAGUAACUAAAGUUCAAUAAAAUUGUGUAUGUAAGUGUGGUCUUUUUUUUAGUGUUUAUUUAGGCUAGUUAAAUAAGCCAUAGAACUAACUUUAUUAUUCUAAGUGAAUAAGAAAAAAAGAUUUAAUUAAAAC